AUGUCCAUCGUCAUCGCCGUCAUCGCGGUCGUGGGAGUGUUCGCGCAGCUCAACGUUGCAGGAGCAGCAGUAACGUCUCAAGUCCGGAACGCGAAAUGCGACUUCACGACCGGGGAGUGGCGGAAGGGGACCAGAGGAUUUCCGCGGUAUACGUCACUUCCGGGGAAGCCCAACUCGUGCCCUUACGUGCGGUCGGAUUUCGCGUGCGAGCGCAACGGGCGCGCGGACAUGCGGUUCCAGUGGUACCGCUGGCAGCCCAAGCAGUGCAUGUACUCAUACUUCAGCCCCUCGGGCUUUAAGUACAUGCUCAAGCAGAAGAAAGUGCUGCUGGUGGGCGACUCGAUGAUGUCCAAUUUCUACGAGGCGCUGCUCUGCGCCAUCCACAUCGGCGGCUUCAAGGGCCAGCCCUACCAGCGCAACACGGGGGGCGUGUUCAACGUUAAAGGCGUGCACUUUCCCCGCAUGGGCAUUUCCAUCGAGCACCUCUUCUCGCCCUACCUCGUCUACGCCAUCACGCGCGGCGCCCAGACCGCGGACGCGAAGGGCGGACACGGCUACGACGUCCACGUGGACAAGAUGCAUCCGACGGUCGCGAAGAUCCUUCCAGAAUACGCCAUGGCGGUUUUCGCGUCGGGCGUCUGGUGGCAGCAGAACGUCCCGCGCCGCAAGCAGCCAAACGUCUUUUUCGUGAAUAACUCCCCGAAGAACCUCUCGAAUCUCGAUGCGCACGCUGCAGCCGCCAUGGCGACUUACUCGGAGGUUACAACCUCCACUCUCGGGCUGUACAAUUCCGUGUACAGUUUCAUGUGCAGCGAGAAUGACACGGCCAUGCUGUCCGCGACGUUCCCGAACAUGACUGUCGGCGAGGCGGACUUCGCGAGCUUCUUCUGCAGCAAGCUCGAUCUCAUCGCGGCGCAGUUCCAAUGGACGCAGCUUGCCGUCGACAACACGUACCUCCUCUUCUCCGCCUACCUCGUCUUCGCCAUGCAAAUUGGUUUCGCAAUGCUGUGCGCGGGAACGGUGCGCGCGAAGAACACGAUGAACAUCAUGCUCACCAACGUGCUCGAUGCCUGCGUCGGAGGCCUCUCCUUCUACAUUUUCGGAUUCGCCUUCGCUUUCGGCCAAGGAGGAACCAGUAACGCGUUUAUCGGAGCCAACUACUUCGCCAUGUCGGGCCUGCCGGUGUACACGUCGUUCGACGCGCCUGGCAUCAACUACAUCUACGAUUUCAGCUUCUGGAUGUUCCAGUGGGCCUUCGCCAUCGCGUGCGCGGGCAUCACGUCGGGGUCCAUCGCGGAGCGCACGCAAUUCACGGCGUACCUCGUGUACUCGACCUUCCUGACCGGCUUCGUCUACCCCGUAGUCGCGCACUGGAUCUGGGCCACGAACGGGUGGCUGUCAGCGUUCAACACGAACAACCUCUUCCUCGACGUGGGCGCCAUCGACUUCGCGGGCAGCGGCGUGGUGCACAUGGUGGGCGGCGUCGCGGGGAUGUGGGGCGCGCUCAUCGAGGGCCCGCGUCUCGGCCGCUUUGACAAGGGCGGCCGCCCGCUCGAGAUGAAGGGCCACUCGGCCACGCUCGUUGUGCUCGGCUCGUUCCUCCUUUGGUUCGGAUGGUACGGUUUCAACCCCGGGUCGUUCCUGCGCAUCACCAUCCCGUGGACUGACGUGCUGGGUAACUGGUCGUGGGUGGGCCGCACCGCCGUCACCACCACUCUCUCCGGCUGCAUGGCUGCCGUCAACACGCUCAUCGCCAAGAGACUCCUCGCUGGCUGCUGGCACGUGACAGAUGUGUGCAACGGGCUGCUGGGCGGGUUCGCGGCCAUCACGGCGGGGUGCUCCGUGGUGGAGCCCUGGGCCGCCAUCCUCUGCGGCUUCGGCGCCAGCUGGACGCUCAUUCUGCUCAACAUGCUCUCCAUGAAGAUCCAGUUCGACGAUCCCCUGGAAGCCACGCAGCUUCACUUUGGCUGUGGCGCGUGGGGCCUCUUCUUUGUUGGUCUGUUGGCCAACAAGGAGUUCCUGAUGCAGGCAUACGCCAAGCCCGACACCACCCCCUACGGCCUCUUCUACGGCGGAGGCUGGAAACUUCUGGGCUGCCAGUGCCUCGAGAUAGUCUGCGUGUUCGCGUGGGUGUCGGUGCUCAUGGGCGCGCUCUUUUUCAUUCUGCACUCGCUCAACCUGCUGCGCGUUCCCCCCGAUGAGGAGAUUGCGGGGAUGGAUCUGACCAAGCACGGGGGUUCCGCGUACAAUGCCGAGGGGCAGGACGGGCAGGGCGUGCAGCUGUUUGGUCCGCCCGAAACUGGCGCUGCGAAGGCCGCGGAGGUUUGA